CCAACAUGGCCGGAGUAGUAGCCAAGCGUGAGGGACCACAGUUCAUCAGUGAAGUGGCCGUGAGGGGCAACGCCGCCGUGCUGGACUACUGCCGCACCUCUGUGUCUGCUCUGUCCGGAGCAACAGCUGGCAUCCUGGGCCUCUCCGGACUGUACGGCUUCAUUUUUUAUUUCCUCUCCGCAAUCCUCCUCUCUCUGCUGCUCAUCCUGAAGGCCGGACGACGGUGGAACAAGUGUUUCAAAUCGCGGCGGCUGCUCUUCACUGGCGACCUCGUCGGAGGUCUAAUCACCUACGUCCUCUUCUGGACUUUCCUUUAUGGAAUGGUGCAUGUGUACUGA